GCCCCAGGAUCCCCCCAGGGCGGUGCCGCCCCAAUGGAGCCACCCUCGAGCCCACAGCCGCCCCAGCGGAGCCGGAACCCCCCGGGAGCAGCCGGAGCCCGCCCGGAGCCCCAGCGCCCCCCGGGGACCCCCAAAAACCCCAAAACCCCCAAAUCCCCCGAGAACCCCAAAUCUCCUGAGUACCCCAAAAAUCCCAAAACCCCCAAAUCCCCCGAGAACCCCAAAUCCCCCAAAAACCCCAAAAACCCAGAGAACCCCAAAACCCCUGACAAGCCCAAAAACCCCAAAAACCCAGAGAAUCCCAAACCCCCAGAGGACCCCAAAAACCCCGAAAAUCCCAAAUGCCCCAAACCCCCAGGGGACCCCAAAAACCCCGAAAACCCCAAAUGCCCCAAAGCCGCCCGGAGCCGCCCGGGGCCCCACAGGAGCCGCCCUGAGGGGGCCAAUGCCUGAAAAACCCCAAAAUUGGGGAUGGGGAUUUGGGGUCCCAUCCUGGGAACGUUUACAGAUCCCACUGUGCCAUUCCCCUUUUUUUUCCCCUUUUUUUCCCUUUUUUUUUUCCC